AUGCUCGUGUUUGAUCCAACCAUGGGGGAAGCCGAGAAAGCGAUUCUAGCGGCGCUCGGUUGUGGCUUGCUGGAAAACGAGGAGGGGAAACGGUGCUGCUGUCGCUGCUGUGGUGAACGCGGCGGUGGCGACAAAGCAGGGGGCGAGGACGUGGCGACGCCGACGCUGUUCUUCAUGCCGCACUGCCCCCGGCGCCUGUACAGCAACGUGCUCUGGGCUAACUGGUCCUCUCGGGCAAUGGGCUCGAUCCUCAUCCUCGGCAACAAGAUCUCGUCGUACACGGACCGGCUGCUCGACGCUCGCAGCCGGGUUGACCCAACCAACGCCCUCCUUCGGGCCGGGCCGCUGCUGCAAGACAUCGACCUCCUCCCGUACCCGGGUUCGGAUAGGGCUAGGUGGCGCCGGGAUGUCGAGAAGCUGCCGAGAUUCGAGCGAGCGUUCAACGACCUGGCGCUUUCGUUUUCGAGCCCCGAUGCCCGUAGUUCGACAGAGGGGGCUACAGCCUUGCUCGACAGGCCGCAGGAGUUUGUCGAGGAGGAGGAUGGGGAGCUUGUGACGGGGCGGGCGCGUGGCGGCAGAUAGCCGUGUGAAUCGCUAGUUUCGGGACGGUUUGGGUGGUAGCGUUGCUGGGGCUU